AUGGCAAAUACUUGGUUCUGCCCUCUGGAGAAUUGCACAUUCGUGAAGUCGGUCCCGAAGAUGGUUACAAGAGUUAUCAGUGCCGUACCAAACACAGAUUGACCGGUGAAACCAGAUUGAGUGCUACCAAGGGACGUUUGGUGAUUACAGAGCCCAUUGGCAGCGUGGCGCCACGCGUCAAUCGCAAAGAUGAAUUUAAUCAUGAUAAAAUUCGCCAAAAUGGUACCAUUGCCAUUCAAUGUCCUGCUCAAGCAUAUCCCGUGCCGGCUUAUAGAUGGUAUAAAUUCAUUGAAGGUACCACCCGCAAACAGGCUGUUGUAUUGAAUGAUCGCGUCAAACAAGUAUCGGGAACUUUGAUUAUCAAGGAUGCUGUCGUCGAUGAUUCCGGAAAAUAUUUGUGUGUUGUUAAUAACUCAGUGGGUGGUGAAUCUGUUGAAACUGUCUUGACUGUUACCGCACCAUUAUCCGCCAAAAUUGAUCCUCCCACACAAACUGUUGAUUUCGGACGUCCUGCUGUUUUCACCUGCCAGUACAGUGGUAAUCCCAUUAAGACAAUUAGCUGGUUAAAGGAUGGCAAAGCUAUUGGUCACUCUGAUCCCGUUCUACGCAUUGAAUCUGUCAAGAAAGAAGACAAAGGCAUGUAUCAAUGUUUUGUACGCAAUGACCAGGAAUCGGCUGAGGCUAGUGCUGAAUUGAAAUUGGGUGGCCGUUUUGAUCCUCCCGUCAUUCGUCAAGCUUUCCAAGAAGAAACCAUGGAACCUGGACCAAGUGUAUUCUUGAAGUGUGUUGCCGGUGGUAAUCCAACACCUGAAAUCUCCUGGGAAUUGGAUGGCAAAAAGAUUGCAAACAAUGAUCGUUAUCAAGUUGGACAAUAUGUUACCGUAAAUGGAGAUGUUGUAUCGUAUUUGAAUAUUACUUCGGUCCAAUCAAAUGAUGGUGGUCUCUAUAAGUGUAUGGCUAAGAGCAAGGUCGGCAUUGCUGAACACUCGGCCAAAUUGAAUGUAUACGGUUUACCCUAUAUUCGUCAAAUGGAAAAGAAAGCUAUUGUUGCUGGUGACACUUUGGUUGUGACAUGCCCCGUUGCUGGUUAUCCAAUCGAUUCGAUUGUAUGGGAAAGAGACAACCGUGCCCUGCCAAUUAAUCGCAAACAAAAGGUAUUCCCCAAUGGCACCUUGAUCAUCGAAAAUGUUGAACGUAACUCGGAUCAGGCCACCUACACCUGUGUUGCCAAAAAUGCUGAAGGUUAUUCUGCUCGCGGCUCCCUCGAAGUUCAAGUUAUGGUCCCACCCCAAGUCCUUGCCUUUAAUUUUGGCGAUGAGGUCUAUAAUAUGGGUGAUGUUUUCAGCACCACAUGUGUUGUGUUGAAGGGUGAUUUACCUCUGACCAUCCACUGGACCUUAAAUUCGGAACCCAUAACAUCGGGUCAGGAUGGUUUUACGGUUAUCAAAAUGAAUGCUCGCACUAGCUAUUUAAGCAUUGACUCCUUGGAGGCCAAACAUCGUGGUAUUUAUCGUUGUAUUGCCGUUAAUGUGGCUGGUUUAGCUGAACAUGCGGCGGAAUUACAAGUAUAUGUACCCCCAAGAUGGAUUUUGGAACCCACCGAUAAGGCUUUUGCUCAAGGCUCCGAUGCUAAGGUUGAAUGCAAGGCUGAUGGCUUCCCAAAACCACAAUUGACAUGGAAGAAAGCUGUUGGCAACAGUCCCGGUGAAUACAAGGAUUUGAAGAAGAACGAUAACAUUCGCGUUGAAGAAGGUACUCUGCACAUUGACAACAUCCAAAAGACCAAUGAAGGCUAUUACUUGUGUGAGGCCAUUAAUGGUAUUGGUUCCGGAUUGUCCGCCGUUAUUAUGAUCAGCGUUCAGGCACCACCAGAAUUCACUGAGAAAUUGCGUAACCAAACCGCCCGCCGUGGCGAACCUGCCGUCUUGCAAUGUGAAGCUAAGGGCGAAAAACCAAUUGGCAUUUUAUGGAAUAUGAACAAUAUGCGUUUGGACCCUAAGAACGAUAACCGUUAUACCAUUCGUGAAGAGAUUUUGUCUACCGGUGUUAUGUCCUCGCUUUCGAUUAAGCGUACUGAACGCUCUGAUUCUGCCUUGUUCACCUGUGUUGCCACCAAUGCCUUUGGUUCGGAUGAUGCUAGCAUUAACAUGAUUAUUCAGGAGGUACCCGAAAUGCCAUAUGCCCUGAAGGUUUUGGAUAAAUCUGGACGUUCCGUACAAUUGAGCUGGGCCCAACCCUACGAUGGCAAUUCACCAAUUACCCGUUAUAUUAUUGAAUUCAAACGUUCUCGUGCCUCUUGGGAUGAAAUUGAUCGCGUUAUGGUACCCGGAGAUACCACUGAAGCUCAGGUCCAGAAAUUGAAUCCAGCCACCACAUAUAAUAUUCGUAUUGUUGCCGAAAAUGCCAUUGGAACCUCGCAGACAUCUGAAGCUGUCACUAUUAUCACUGCCGAAGAAGCUCCAUCGGGUAAACCACAAAAUAUCAAAGUGGAACCUGUUAAUCAAACUACCCUGCGUGUUACCUGGAAACCACCUACCCGUUCGGAAUGGAAUGGUGAAAUUUUGGGUUAUUAUGUUGGCUAUAAACUAUCGAAUACCAAUUCGUCGUAUGUCUUUGAAACUGUGAACUUUUUGACUGAAGAAGGCAAGGAACAUAGCUUGGAAUUGAAUAACUUGCGUGUCUAUACCCAAUAUUCGGUGGUCAUUCAGGCAUUCAACAAGAUUGGCGCUGGUCCCUUGAGUGAUGAAGAGAAACAAUUUACUGCCGAAGGUACCCCAAGCCAGCCACCAAGUGAUACCUCAUGCACCACCUUGACUUCGCAGACAAUUAGAGUUAGCUGGGUCAGCCCUCCUUUGGAAUCGGCCAAUGGUGUUAUUAAGACUUACAAGGUUGUCUAUGCUCCCAGUGAAGAGUGGUAUGAUGAAACCAAACGCCACUACAAGAAGACUGCCUCCUCGGACACCGUUUUACAUGGCCUCAAGAAAUACACCAACUAUACCAUGCAAGUUUUGGCCACCACUGCCGGAGGUGAUGGUGUACGCAGCGCUCCAAUUCACUGCCAAACUGAACCUGAUGUUCCUGAAGCUCCCACCGAUGUCAAGGCCUUGGUUAUGGGUCAAGCUGCCAUUUUGGUAUCAUGGCGUCCACCAGCACAACCCAACGGCAUUAUCCAACAAUACACCGUCUACACUAAAGUUGAAGGAGCCGAAGGUGAACCCAAGAGCCAAAAGAUCCCACACUACCAAAUGAGCUACGAAGCCACCGAAUUGGAAAAGAACAGCCCCUACGAAUUCUGGGUCACAGCCAGCACUAACAUUGGUGAAGGACAACCCUCAAAGAGUAUUGUUGCCAUGCCCAGUGAUCAAGUUCCUGCAAAAAUUGCCUCAUUCGAUGACACAUUCACUGCCACCUUUAAGGAAGAUGCCAAAAUGCCUUGCUUGGCUGUCGGAUCACCACAACCUGAAAUUACCUGGAAGAUUAAGGGUGUUGAAUUUACCGGAAAUGAUCGUAUGCGUGUGUUGCCCGAUGGUUCUCUUUUGAUUAAAUCGGUCAAUCGUCAAGAUGCUGGAGAUUAUACUUGUCAUGCUGAAAAUUCUAUUGCCAAGGAUUCGAUUACCCAUAAACUGAUUGUUUUGGCUCCACCCAUGUCGCCUCAGGUUACUUUGUCUGCCACCACCACUGAUUCAUUGACUGUUAAGGUUAAGCCCCAUGAAGGUGAUACUGCUCCUCUGCAUGGUUACACAUUGCACUACAAACCAGAAUUCGGAGAAUGGGAAACCGCCGAAGUUGCCGUAGAUGCCCAAAAAUUCACCAUUGACAAUCUAUUGUGCGGUUCACGUUAUCAGGUCUAUGCUACUGGAUUUAACAACAUUGGCGCCGGCGAAGCAUCCGACAUCCUGAACACCCGCACCAAGGGCUACAAACCCAAACUGCCAGAGAAAUCUCGUUUCAUUGAAGUCUCCUCGAAUUCGGUAUCAUUGCAUUUCAAGGCCUGGAAGGAUGGCGGCUGCCCCAUGUCUCACUUUGUUGUAGAAAAUAAGAAACGCGACCAAAUUGAAUGGAAUCAAAUUUCGAAUAAUGUUAAGCCCGAUAAUAAUUACGUUGUAUUGGAUUUGGAACCUGCCACUUGGUAUAAUUUGCGUAUCACUGCCCAUAACUCUGCUGGUUUCACUGUUGCCGAAUAUGAUUUUGCCACAUUGACUGUUACUGGAGGUACCGUUGCCCCACUCGAUGAUGGCCGAGGCUCCGGCAAUUUACAUACACGCAUUCGCCUACCCGCCUGGAUGCCCGAAUGGUUGGAUCUGAACUUUAUGGUACCACUGAUUGCCACCGUUAUCGUUGUAUUUGUUGGCAUAUUGGUUGUAUGUGUUGCCCUGUCACGCAGACGUUCCGAUGACUUACGCGGUGGACAAAAGGAUGUCUAUUAUGAUGUAGUUUAUAAUCAGACAAUGGGACCUGGCGCCACUCUGGACAAGAGACGACCUGACUUGCGUGAUGAAUUGGGUUAUAUUGCACCACCUAACCGUAAGCUGCCCCCUGUACCCGGCUCCAACUACAACACCUGCGAUCGGAUUAAGCGAGCACGUGGUGGUAUGCGUUCAAAUCACUCAACUUGGGAUCCCCGCCGACCCAAUUUAUACGAAGAAUUGAAAGCACCACCAGUACCAGCCCAUGGCAAUCAUUAUGGUCAUGUACAUAAUAUCAAUGAAUGUACCUACAAGCAUCCAGGCAUGGAAGAUGAAAUCUGCCCCUAUGCCACCUUCCAUCUGUUGGGCUUCCGCGAAGAAAUGGACCCCACUAAGGCAAUGAACUUCCAGACCUUCCCCCACCAAAAUGGUCAUGCCCCACCCGGUCAUGCUGGUACCAUGGGACCACCUGGACAUCCUGGCCAUAUGCACUCACGUUCCGGUUCUCAAUCGAUGCCACGUGCCAAUCGUUAUGCUCGCAAAAAUAGCCAGGGAGGACAAUCAUCGAUUUAUACCCCAGCUCCUGAAUAUGAUGAUCCUGCCAAUUGUGCUGAGGAAGAUCAAUAUCGCCGCUACACUCGCGUCAACUCUCAAGGUGGCAGCUUGUACUCCGGCCCCGGACCCGAAUAUGAUGACCCAGCUAACUGUGCUCCCGAAGAAGAUCAAUAUGGCUCUCAGUAUGGCGGCCCAUAUGGUACACCUUAUGAUCAUUAUGGCUCUCGCGGUUCUAUGGGAAGACGUAGUGUUGGUUCCGCCCGCAAUCCAGGUGGCAACAGCUCUCCUGAACCCCCACCACCACCACCACGUAACCAUGACAUGAGCAACUCCUCGUUCAAUGAUUCCAAGGAAAGCAAUGAAAUAUCUGAGGCCGAGUGUGAUCGUGAUCAUGGACCACGUGGCAAUUAUGGCGCUGUUAAAAGGUCUCCCAUCCACAAGGAUCAACGUACCACCGAAGAAAUGCGUAAAUUAAUUGAAAGAAACGAAGCCGGCCCAAAACAACUCCAACAACAAAGUGGCGCAGGAUUCACAGCCUACGAUACUAUGGCAGUGUAAUUUGUAAAUUAGCUUCGAAGAUGAUGCGAAAAGCUAAGUAUGCAAAACACCUCAUAAUCA